AAAACACCAACAUGUCUGAAUAUUGGCUCAUUUCCGCUCCUGGGGAUAAAACCUGCCAGCAAACCUAUGAAACAAUGAACAAUCUCACCCACAAACAGAAUAAUCUGUGUGUCAAUUUUAAAUUUCAUAUUCCCGACUUGAAGGUCGGUACUUUGGAUCAGCUGGUUGGUCUUUCUGAUGAUUUGGGUAAAUUGGAUGUCUAUGUUGAGCAAAUCACCCGAAAAGUUGCCACUUAUUUGGGUGAAGUACUCGAGGAUCAGAGGGAUAAAUUGCACGAGAAUCUGCUCGCCAACAAUAAAGGUCCUGGUCCGCCCGAUGAAAAUACUCAUUCGGAUUUAACGGGUAAAUCAUCAAAUUUAUCAAAUAGUCGUGACACAACAACAACCACUUGUUCAGCAUGCCACGGCGGGAGCCUUAACAAUUCUUCAGAGUCCUCCGAACGUGAAUUUGACACUACUUCGUGCAAUUGUGAUUGUGAUUGUUCAACGAAUAAUUGCGCUUUAAAAAAUAACACUAGUUUUAGUGAUACAUUCGAUUGGUGGUUUCAUAGGCAUAGAGGUUCGAAUAAGAGCAGAAGUCGUUCAUCGAGUCAAUUAAAUAUAACAAAUGGAUUUAAUUCAUCAACUCAUAGAUCGUCUCCAGUGAGUAGUUGUUGUGGUAGUAGCCAAGGCCGAUCAAGUCCGGACACUGACAUAAACGGCGACGGAUUGGGGGCUGAACCGCCAGCAAUGCCACUAAGUCCAGCCGAUCUUCCAUCGUACAUUACCCGAUUUCAAUGGGAUAUGGCCAAGUAUCCAAUUAAGCAAUCGCUUAGAAAUAUCGCUGAUAUUAUUUCUAAACAAGUUGGUCAAAUCGAUGCCGAUUUAAAAACGAAAUCCACCGCUUACAACAAUCUUAAAGGAAGUCUACAAAACUUGGAGAAAAAGCAAACUGGAAGUUUGCUAACACGUAACUUGGCUGAUUUAGUGAAGAAGGAACAUUUUAUUCUGGACUCUGAGUAUUUGACCACACUUUUGGUCAUCGUACCUAAGGCUCUUUCCAAUGAUUGGAUUGUUGGUUAUGAAAAAAUCACAGACAUGAUUGUUCCACGUUCCUCCACGUUGAUAACCCAAGAUCAAGAUUAUGCUUUAUUCAAUGUGACUUUGUUCAAGAAGGUUGUUGAAGAAUUUAAAUUGCACGCCCGUGAGAAGAAAUUCGUGGUGAGGGAUUUCGUGUACAACGAAGAAGAACUAGCUGCUGGUAAAAACGAAAUAACCAAGCUGGUCACUGAUAAGAAAAAGCAAUUUGGUCCUCUCGUUAGAUGGCUGAAGGUUAAUUUCAGCGAAUCCUUUUGCGCUUUGGUGCACGUUAAGGCCCUCCGUGUCUUCGUGGAAUCCGUUUUGAGGUACGGACUACCAGUUAAUUUCCAAGCUAUUCUUAUCCAGCCAAACAAGAAAAGUAUUAAACGUCUUAGGGAUUGCCUUAACCAACUUUAUGGUCAUUUGGAUGGCUCUGCUGCGAAUCCAGCUGGUGGAAGUGUUGAUAAUGUGGACAUCCCCGGAUUAGGAUUCGGCCAAGCUGAAUACUAUCCAUAUGUGUUCUAUAAACUGAACAUUGACAUGGUGGAAACAGCAAAGAUCUAAAAGGAAACAGCACACUUAAUUCUCUCCCUUCCCACCAUAAGCGAGUCAUUUGUGUGCGCUCUCCAAUUUAAUUGUUAUCGUAGUGGUAUUUUAAUUUCAAUAACAACAAACAGAAGCAGAAAAAAACAAACAACUAAAGGAUUUCCUAUAAAAAAAAAUAUAUUUAAAAAAUAGUGUGUGUGCGUUGCAGUUUCAACCAAGUUAAAGUUAUACACAUUUUCUUUUCUUAUUCCAUACCCAAAAAAAAAAAAAACAAAACCAAUACUUUCCUCACUAACUAACUCUCCGUUCUAAUUUAAAAUUCCA